AUGAAGUACCACAGAAGCAUUAGUGGAUGUUCCAAAGCCACAAUCUUCCCUGUUGCCUGUGGAAUUGCUGCUGAAAGGAAUCAGGCUCUGAGCUCCAGCGGCAGCUUGGUCACGGCAGGCAGGAUAGACAGAGAGGAGCUCUGUGACCGAGCUCCAAUGUGUGUGGCAAACCUAGAGAUUCUCCUAGAGGAUAAAGUAAAAAUCUUUGAAAUAGAAGUGGAAAUAAUCGAUAUUAAUGAUAACUCACCCACCUUUGCAACAGACCAGAGGGAAAUAAAAGUUCCUGAGAAUGAAAAUCCCGGGACAAGAUUUCCUCUCCCAGAGGCUUUCGAUCCGGAUAUAGGGAUAAAUUCGCUGCAGAGUUACCAGCUCAGUUCCAAUGCUCACUUCUCCCUGGAUGUGCAAAGCGGGGCAGAGGGGAUUAAGUACCCAGAGCUGGUGCUGGAGCACAGCCUAGACCGCGAGGAAGAAGCUCUUCAUGAACUCAUUCUCAGUGCUUUGGAUGGAGGAGACCCAGUGCGCUCUAACACUGUCAGGAUUCAUGUAACACUUAUAGAUAUCAAUGACAAUGCUCCUGUCUUUACUCAGCCUGAGUACCUUGUAAGUGUUCAUGAGAACUUGCCCAUUGGUUUCUCAGUGCUACAGGUGGCAGCCACCGACCAGGAUGAGGACAUUAAUGCAGAGAUCACCUACUCCUUUCACAAAAUGGACAAACAGGUACAACAGCUUUUCAACUUAAAUGAAAGAACAGGAAGGAUCGCCACAAAGGAUCAUCUGGAUUUUACAAUUGCUAACAAUACUGGAGAUCUUUCAUCCCAUUGCAGUCUUCAAGUCCAAAUACUUGAUGAGAAUUGUGCAUCUGAAGUGACUGUGACUUCAAACAGUGAUAGAGAUUCUGGAGAACAUGGCAACGUUUACUGCUGCAUCUCGGAAAAUACAGGGUUUCUGCUGAAGUCUUCUACACAGAACUAUCACAAGCUAGUGACAGACAGGGCUGUGGACCGAGAGGAGAUCUCUGAGUACAACAUCACCAUCACAGCCACUGACAGGGGUAAACUGUCCCUCUCCUCCAGCACAAGCAUCAUCCUGCACAUCUCAGAUGUCAAUGACAAUGCACAGGUUUUCCAGCAGGCCUCCUAUAAGGUCCAUGUAGCUGAGAACAAGCUUCCUGGGGUCUCCAUUGCUCAAGUCGGAGCCUCUGACCCUGACCUGAGAACCGAUGGGUGAGUCUCCUACUCCACGGCGGCCAGCGACAUGGAGCCUAGAGCGCUGCUGUCCUACCGGUCCCUUAGCACACAGAGCAGGGUGGUGUUCGCGCACGGAGGGGUGGUGUUCGCGCAGCACGCCUUCGACCACGAGCAGCUGCGCGCCUUCCAGCUCACGCUGCAGGCCCGCCACCACUGCUCGCCGCUCAGCGCCAACGUGAGCCUGCAAGUGCUGGUGGGAGACUGCAAUGACAACGCGCCGCAGGUGCUGUACCCCGCUCUGGGGCCCGACAGCUCAGCGCUCUUCGACAUGGUGCCGUGCGCCGCCGAGCCUGGCUACCUGGUCACCAAGGCGGUGGCUGUGGACACUGACUCGGGACAAAAUGCGUGGCUGUCCUACCACGUGCUUCAGGCCAGCGACCCUGGGCUCUUCAGCCUGGGGCUGCGCACUGGCGAGGUGCGCAUCGCUUGCGCCUUAGGCGAUAAAGACGCUGCCCGACACCGCCUGCUGGUGGCGGUGCGUGACAAAGGACAGCCUCCUCUUUUGGCCACAGCCACGUUGCAUCUCAUUUUCGCGGACAGUUGCGAGACGUCUUGCCGGACCUCAGUGAAGGGUCUGUACCCUCUGACCUCCCAGAAGGAGCUGCAGUUUUACCUGGUGGUGGCCUUGGCCUUGAUCUCUGUGCUCUUUCUCCUCGCUGUGAUUCUAGCGGUUGCUCUGCGCCUGCGCCACUCCUCCAGCCCAGCUCCAGGGAGCUGUUUGCAGCCUGGUCUAAGCUCCAACUCUGGACCCGUGGUUCCCUCUCACUACGUUGAGAGGACUUUGCCAUUUUCCUACAAUCUGUGCAUUGCCUGUUCUGCAAAGGCAGAGUUUAAUUUUCUUAAUGUGACAUUGGAAGUGGCUCCCCCUCAGGAUCUCCUGUGCGAUGCUCCUUGUGCGGUUGCAUGUGCCAGUAAUGAAGCCAAACUAGUUUUUGACUCUUCUUUUUCCUCCCACAAAAGUGUUUGCAAUCCUGUUUGAAGUUUAUGUAUUUCCUUCGCUUCUCAAUCGUGCAUGAUUAACUUUGGAAGUUUUCCAUGUUUUUAAUGAU